GCUGAUUCAGUCUAGCUUUGGUACAGAUAUGAUCUAAUUGGUCACAGAGACCGUAAUCGCGCAGAGUGGGGGGUCUUUUCUUACUUUGUGGCCUGAAUUCUGCUAACUAUGAACAGAGAAACCUCAGAGAGCCUGAGACAAUUCUCUUCUAAGUUUACUACCCAUAGGGAAAAGAACAGAAAAGUGAAACAAAAAAUACAUGUCAUGCGACUGUCAGGCUGCCACAGAUCUGACCUCAGUGGACCUAACAGUUUACAAUAUGUAGUCAUGAACCACAAAAUUACUUACAAAGAUUCUUGUCCUAUUUGAUAGUGACACACAGAGAGAGAGAGAGAAAGACAGACAGAGAGAGAGAGAUAGAGAGAGAGAAUUUAAGGGGGUGAUUGUUUUGGAAUCAAAGAUAAAACUGUCAAAAAUAAAUGUUAAUGGAAAUAGUGAAGGAGGAAAGCAGGUUAAAAGGGUGCUGAGAGAAUGCAGUAUUGGUGGUCUCAGGUUUCUUGCACUUAGGGUUUUAAUAUGAGUCAUGUCUUGACAUUUAUGAACAGGAUUAACAGGCAGCUUCUUAUAACUUCAUGUUCAGAAGCUUCUGGGGGUCCUACUCACUCAUAUCUCUCUCUUCUUUAAUCUCUCGUGAUGCUGAUCUCGUGGUGUUGUUUCCUUCUUUUGUCACAUUUCCUUUGUCAUGUCCAUCCAAAGGAGUGUAACAAUACGUAUGAAUAUGAAGGUGAAAAUAUACAUUGCUGCAAGAAAUGUGGACCAGGUGAACGCAUGGAUAAGAGAUGUACAAAAGACUUCGAUACGAAAUGUAAACAAUGUACUCCUGACUUCUUCAUGGAUGAAUUCAGUACGGAAAUGGAAUGCAAAAGGUGCUCUCAAUGUACAAAAGAACACAUGGUGUAUAAGGUGAACUGCUCUCACAGCACUGAUGCAGUGUGUGGCUGCGAGAAUGGAUAUGAAUGCCCCAGUAAUUCAUGCACAGACUGUGUGAAAAUCCCAACAACAACACCACGACCAACACCAACACCAUCAACAACAACAAUAACAGUAAUCUCAAAAAAUGUCAAAAAAAAUGAGCAGCAAACAAUACCCUCCGAAGACAUUGUGUGGAUCACUCUGAGUCUGUGUUGUGUGUGCAUUCUGCUUACCUGUUUCAUUCUCAUCAGCAGACACACAACUCCAUGUGGAUGGCCCAUGUUGGCUUCAGCUGGUUUUUUUGGGGGACCCAAGAAAACUUUUGGGGUAUCCAGUCAGUGCACAGAAGAUGAGGAAGUGCCGAUGCCGGUCCAGGAGGUGUGUGGAUAUAAAGACUGGCAAGAAGAAGCCUGAGGGAGACAGAGGGAAGUGGCAAGAACGAGGCAGGAAAAGGCACUUAAGAGUGUGGAUUGACUAUAAACUGUAACACAGGCUUAUGAAAGGAGGAGCAAGAGACACACUCUUUCUGCACCCAAACUAAUGGGAUACUGAGAGAGAAGGGAAAGGAUAGACACCCCAUAAGUCCACUGUAUAGCACAAUUCAACUAUUUAAUACUCCAGUGAAACAGGGCCUCAAGUCUAAUUUAAUAUCACAUUUUACAAAAGGAGGUGGCACAGUGUUUGGUCCUGAGUGCGGGUUACUGCCUGUGUGGAGUUCUUUUCGUGUCCUUGUGUCUUUCCUCCAGAUUCUCCAUUUACCACCCACCUCCCAAAAACAUGAAUGCAGAUGGAUUGGUUUUGAUAAAUUGCCCCUAGACGUGAAUGUUUGUGCACCCUGCAAUGGACUGGAGUACCAUCCAGGAUGUAUUCCUGCCUCACUCCCAGUGUUCCCACAAUACUUCCUGGAUUUAUGGUUAUUGAAGAUGAACAAAUGAUUUUUUUAAAAUAGCUACAUUCAUUUGUUUGUACUAAUGGAUUGAUUUUAAAACAAAAUUCAAUCAUAUUAACAAAGGUGAAAUGCUCUGGAUUUUUUUUUUCUUCCAUUUUUUGGAAAGCUUACUGUCUAUAUUUUUAGGAUUUUUAGAAUUAUUAUUGUUCGUAUAGAUAGUUGUUUUCACUCUAUGUGAAAGGUGUGAUUGUUAGUAGUUGGCCCAAGCAAAGGAAGUUUAAUAAUAAUAAUACUUCCACAUGGGAGUCUAUAGCAGCCCACAGAAAACUUCGUAAGCUUUUUAUGAAAUUUGACACAGCAAUUUUGUUGUACACCACUGAAGCGCUCUAGUGCCACCAACAGGGCAAAGUAUGACAAACGUUUGCAAUAAUAACUCCGAAACCCAACGUCAUAGAAAUGUCAAUUCUUUCGUCCUCUGAUUCUUUUCGUUAUGCCAAGUUCAAGCUUCUUCUACAAAUUUGUCCACUCAAUAUGCAAAGAGGUUUUCUAGUGAAGUCCUCAAACAGGAAGUGAGGGCAUAUCUAAGUAUAUCCCAGCAUUCAGACCAAAAGCUGCACAUGAAUGAAGGACCAGGACCUAAGGACCUGAAAACUCCAAAAAGUUUUGUCUAAAUUCACCUCUAGGUAGUGCUAUAAUUCACAAAUUAUAAAACUGCUCAUAACCUUUGAACUGCUCAACACAACAUCAAAGCAAAAAUGAUUCUUCUUUCUGUUGCAACAAACAGGAAGUAGGCCAAAUUGAGUUUUAACAAAACCAUUUUUUUCACUUACUGUCAUACAAAUUUCGUAAAAUCAUCACAAAAUUUUGGUCACAGCAUAGUGAGACCCACCCGAACACAACUUGCUCCUCCGAUUUUUGAUAUGUGGAAUGGUCCAUCCAUAAAGUGCAAACGAAUUUGACAGCAAAGUCACCAAACUGGAAGUGAAGCCAUUACUCAGCAACACUUUUAAGUAUUGAAAACAGACUUUGCACAUAUGAUUAGCAGUAUGACCUAAUGUUAACAAAUAAACAAACUUCAAGUUAAUUUGCAACGUGGGAGGGCUAAUGAAAAGUGGAAGCGAGGCAAUAGGCUUAAAAUAUUGACAUCAAGUUUAGUAUAUUUCCUUGUACUAAGAAACUACUGUCCUACACCAUUUUUUAAAAUAAAUACAAUAGAAGCAAAAAGAAAAGAAAAUGCCACGUUUCAGGCUGGAACACUGCUGUUGUAUGGCAAGGAAGUACUUGGAGUUUGAUAACUGCAUGCCUUAUUCCAUUGGUGAUCUUUGACCAUCUGGAUUUUUAUAGUAAUAGAAUCCAUGAUGCUGUCUGUAUUCACCAGUUUAGAAAAUUGAUACAAAUGUGUUCAGUAGUUCACUAGUACCUAACUCAUUGUCAAUUAGGCUUUCUAGAAGGUUAUCCAUUGUAAAAUUGUACAGUAAAAACUGCAAUGCUAUUAUCCCUAGACCCUGUUAGCUAGCUGUGUAGAGAUGCUGGUGUGUACUAUACUAUAUUUGAUUCUGAGUACAAUAAAUUAUAUUAAGUUAUCCAUACUAUAUACUGAGAAUUUUGUUUAUGGGUUUUUUGUUUGUUUGUUUGGUCGGUUGUUUUGUUGUGGGAAAAACUUGAUUAAAAAAUUUAAAUGCCAUAUGUAUUUCAUAUAAACGAUGUAAACCUUU